GGCUGGCUGCGGAAGGGGAGGGGGGGGAGGAGGCGAUUGGAUGCGGCGGCGGCGGCGGAUCCCGGAGAGCAGCGGAGUGAGAGGAGUAGCGAGUCGGGCACCCGGAGGGGUAAAAACAUUUCCACCAUGGCUCAUUCAAAGACAAGGACUAAUGAUGGAAAAAUUACUUAUCCUCCUGGUGUCAAGGAAAUCUCAGACAAAAUAUCUAAAGAGGAGAUGGUGAGACGGUUAAAAAUGGUUGUGAAAACUUUCAUGGAUAUGGACCAGGACUCUGAAGAAGAAAAGGAGCUUUAUCUAAACUUAGCUUUACAUCUUGCUUCAGAUUUUUUUCUCAAGCACCCUGAUAAAGAUGUUCGUUUACUGGUAGCCUGCUGCCUUGCAGAUAUUUUCAGAAUUUAUGCACCAGAAGCUCCUUACACAUCCCCUGAUAAACUAAAGGAUAUAUUCAUGUUUAUAACAAGGCAGUUGAAGGGGCUAGAGGAUACAAAGAGCCCACAGUUCAAUAGGUAUUUUUAUUUACUUGAGAACAUUGCUUGGGUCAAGUCAUAUAACAUAUGCUUUGAAUUAGAAGAUAGUAAUGAGAUUUUUACCCAGCUAUACAGAACAUUAUUUUCAGUGAUAAACAAUGGCCAUAAUCAGAAAGUUCAUAUGCACAUGGUAGAUCUCAUGAGCUCUAUAAUUUGUGAAGGUGAUACAGUAUCUCAGGAGCUUUUGGAUACAGUUUUAGUAAAUCUGGUACCUGCCCAUAAGAAUUUAAACAAGCAAGCAUAUGAUUUGGCAAAGGCUUUACUGAAGAGAACUGCUCAAGCUAUUGAACCCUAUAUUACCAAUUUUUUUAAUCAGGUUCUCAUGCUUGGGAAGACAUCUAUCAGCGAUUUGUCAGAGCAUGUGUUUGACUUAAUUUUGGAGCUCUACAAUAUUGAUAGUCAUUUGCUGCUAUCUGUUUUACCCCAACUUGAAUUUAAAUUAAAGAGUAAUGAUAAUGAGGAACGCCUACAAGUUGUUAAACUACUGGCAAAAAUGUUUGGGGCAAAGGAUUCAGAAUUGGCUUCUCAAAACAAACCCCUUUGGCAGUGCUACUUGGGCAGGUUUAAUGAUAUCCAUGUACCAAUCCGCCUGGAAUGUGUGAAAUUUGCUAGCCAUUGUCUCAUGAAUCAUCCUGAUUUAGCAAAGGAUUUGACAGAGUAUCUUAAAGUUCGGUCGCAUGACCCUGAGGAAGCUAUUAGACAUGAUGUUAUUGUGUCCAUAGUUACAGCUGCGAAAAAGGACAUUCUUCUGGUCAAUGAUCACUUACUUAAUUUUGUGAGAGAGAGGACAUUAGACAAACGGUGGAGAGUACGCAAAGAAGCCAUGAUGGGACUCGCCCAGAUUUAUAAGAAAUAUGCUUUGCAGUCAGCAGCAGGCAAAGAUGCUGCAAAACAAAUCUCAUGGAUCAAGGACAAAUUGCUGCAUAUAUAUUAUCAAAAUAGUAUUGAUGACCGAUUACUUGUCGAACGGAUCUUUGCUCAAUAUAUGGUUCCCCACAAUUUGGAAACCACAGAACGGAUGAAGUGCUUAUAUUACUUGUAUGCCACACUGGAUUUAAAUGCUGUGAAAGCAUUGAAUGAAAUGUGGAAGUGUCAAAAUCUGCUCCGACAUCAAGUAAAGGAUUUACUUGAUUUAAUUAAGCAACCUAAAACAGAUGCCAGUGUCAAGGCCAUAUUUUCAAAAGUGAUGGUUAUUACAAGAAAUUUGCCAGAUCCUGGUAAGGCUCAGGAUUUCAUGAAGAAAUUCACACAGGUGUUAGAAGAUGAUGAGAAAAUAAGAAAACAGUUAGAAGUACUUGUUAGUCCAACAUGCUCCUGCAAGCAGGCUGAAGGUUGUGUGCGUGAAAUAACUAAGAAGUUGGGCAAUCCCAAACAGCCUACAAAUCCUUUCUUGGAAAUGAUAAAGUUUCUCUUGGAGAGGAUAGCACCUGUACACAUAGAUACUGAAUCUAUCAGUGCUCUUAUUAAGCAAGUGAACAAAUCAAUAGAUGGCACAGCUGAUGAUGAAGAUGAGGGUGUUCCAACUGAUCAAGCCAUCAGAGCAGGUCUUGAACUGCUUAAGGUACUGUCAUUCACACAUCCCAUCUCAUUUCAUUCUGCUGAAACAUUUGAAUCACUCCUGGCUUGCCUGAAAAUGGAUGAUGAGAAAGUAGCAGAAGCUGCACUUCAAAUUUUCAAAAAUACAGGAAGCAAAAUUGAAGAAGAUUUCCCACACAUCAGAUCAGCCUUGCUUCCUGUUUUACAUCAUAAAUCUAAAAAAGGACCCCCCCGUCAAGCCAAAUAUGCCAUUCAUUGUAUCCAUGCAAUAUUUUCUAGUAAGGAGACCCAGUUUGCACAGAUAUUUGAGCCUCUGCAUAAGAGCCUAGAUCCAAGCAACCUAGAACAUCUUAUUACACCAUUGGUUACUAUUGGUCAUAUCGCCCUCCUUGCACCUGAUCAGUUUGCUGCUCCUUUGAAGUCUUUGGUAGCUACUUUCAUUGUGAAAGAUCUUCUCAUGAAUGAUCGGCUUCCUGGAAAAAAGACAACUAAACUUUGGGUUCCAGAUGAAGAAGUUUCUCCUGAGACAAUGGUCAAAAUUCAGGCUAUUAAAAUGAUGGUUCGAUGGCUACUUGGAAUGAAAAACAAUCACAGUAAAUCAGGAACUUCUACCUUGAGAUUGUUAACAACAAUAUUGCAUAGUGAUGGAGACUUGACAGAACAAGGGAAAAUUAGUAAGCCAGAUAUGUCACGCCUGAGACUUGCUGCUGGGAGUGCUAUUGUGAAGCUGGCACAAGAACCCUGUUACCAUGAAAUCAUCACGUUGGAGCAAUAUCAACUAUGUGCAUUAGCUAUUAAUGACGAAUGCUAUCAAGUAAGACAAGUGUUUGCACAGAAACUUCACAAAGGCCUUUCCCGAUUACGGCUUCCGCUUGAGUAUAUGGCAAUCUGUGCCCUCUGUGCAAAAGAUCCUGUAAAAGAGAGACGAGCUCAUGCUAGACAGUGUUUGGUAAAAAAUAUAAAUGUAAGACGAGAAUAUCUGAAACAGCAUGCAGCUGUUAGUGAAAAAUUAUUGUCUCUUCUACCAGAGUAUGUUGUUCCGUAUACAAUUCACCUUUUGGCACAUGACCCAGAUUAUGUCAAAGUCCAAGAUAUUGAACAACUUAAAGAUGUUAAAGAAUGUCUUUGGUUUGUUUUGGAGAUAUUAAUGGCUAAAAAUGAAAACAACAGUCAUGCAUUUAUCAGAAAGAUGGUAGAAAAUAUUAAGCAAACAAAAGAUGCCCAAGGACCAGAUGAUGCAAAAAUGAAUGAGAAACUAUAUACUGUAUGUGAUGUUGCUAUGAAUAUCAUUAUGUCAAAGAGUACCACGUACAGUUUGGAGUCUCCUAAAGACCCGGUACUACCAGCUCGUUUUUUCACCCAACCUGACAAGAAUUUCAGUAACACCAAAAAUUACCUGCCUCCAGAAAUGAAAUCAUUUUUUACUCCUGGAAAACCUAAAACAACCAAUGUUCUAGGAGCUGUUAAUAAGCCGCUUUCAUCAGCAGGCAAACAAUCUCAGACCAAAUCAUCACGAAUGGAAACUGUAAGCAAUGCAAGCAGUAGCUCAAAUCCAAGCUCUCCUGGAAGAAUAAAAGGGAGGCUUGAUAGUUCUGAAAUGGAUCACAGUGAAAAUGAAGAUUACACAAUGUCUUCACCUUUGCCAGGAAGAAAAAGUGACAAAAGGGACGACUCUGACCUUGUAAGGUCUGAAUUGGAAAAACCUAGAAGUCGGAAAAAAACACCUGUCACAGAAACAGAGGAGAAAUUAGGUAUGGAUGACCUAACUAAGUUGGUACAGGAACAGAAACCUAAAGGACCUCAGCGGGGUCGGAAAAGAGGACAUACAGCCUCAGAAUCCGAUGAACAGCAGUGGCCUGAGGACAAGAGACUCAAAGAAGAUAUGUUAGAAAAUGAAGAUGAACAGAACAGUCCACCAAAAAAAGGUAAAAGAGGCCGCCCUCCGAAACCUCUUGGUGGAGGUACACCAAAAGAAGAGCCAACAAUGAAAACUUCUAAAAAAGGAAGCAAAAAAAAAUCAGGACCUCCAACAGCAGAGGAAGAAGAAGAAGAAGAAAGACAGAGUGUUAAUACGGAACAGAAGUCAAAAAGCAAACAGCACCGAGCAUCAAGGAGAGCACAGCAAAGCAGAGCAGAAUCUCCUGAAACUAGUGCAGUUGAAUCCACACAGUCCACACCACAGAAAGGACGAGGAAGACCAUCAAAAACGCCAUCACCAUCACAACCCAAAAAAAAUGUCCGUGUAGGACGCUCCAAACAAACAGCUACUAAAGAAAAUGAUUCAAGUGAAGAAGUAGAGGUGUUUCAGGGUAACUCUCCUGUCAAUGAUGAUGUUCCACAGGAAGAAACAGAGGAAGAGGAAGUGUCUACAGUAAAUGUACGGCGACGAAGUUCUAAAAGAGAAAGACGAUGAACAAAUGUAAUUAAAUAACUUUCUGUGUGAAAGCUUUGGAAAAAUCAUUUUUUGUCAAGCUUGAGGUUGAAUAAAGCCUUUGAUGCACAAAAUGGGACUGCUGAAGAAUGGACAGUUGGACCUAACUUUGGUGACCUCAUGUAUUUGUGGUCACAUGUAUUAGCCAUACGCAUGGUGAUAACAUUGACUAUGGAGUCUUGUGAAGGUGUAAUGUGCGAUGGCUUAUGUAGAAUGAAUCAACUAAAAGAAGAAACUUGUAAAUAUCUUUUUUCUUUCUAUUUUUUUUUUAAUGUUUCUGACUUCUAAAGUGCUUGUAUAGCUUUUAUCUGCGGCUUUAAACUGACAGUACGCAACUGUUUAUUGGAUCUAUUGAUUUGGAAAGAGUUUGUUAGGAUAGAUCUUAAGCAGCAAUCUGUCAGUGUUUGUAUUUGUAUUAUCUGCAAUUUUACUGUGAAAAACUUUUUUUCAACAAUUGGUGUCAUUUUCUUGAUGUCACUAUUUGUUGGAGAAUUAAAUAGUCUCUUUCCCUUGUUGUAUCUUACCUAGUGUUUACUCCUGGGCACCCUUAAUCUUCAGAGGUGCUAAAUUGUCUGCCAUUAUGCCAGAACCAUGUCUCUCUUGAGAGGACACCAUGCAAAUUGUUGAAUAGUCCUAAAGCUGUUUGAUUACUUUACACCUCAGUAUUGGUCCCAGAAUUUUCUGGCUUUUCAUGGCAAUGAAAAUUUUAAGAAAGAGAUUUAAAAUAUUUUAAUUUUAAAGAGUGUGUUAUAAAAUAAUGUACUGAAUUCUUUAUUCCAUUUUAUCAUCCCUUUUCAGUUUUUAUUAAUCUGCUGUAUCAAUAAA